AAUUUAAUUUAAGGACGACAUUCAACAAGACGAUGUUAUUGCAUCUAAUUUCGAAAAACCACAUCACAUGCCUUCACCAUCAAUAUAAUCAACCCACAUGAUCCACAUUCCACACCAUGAGUUUCAUUAAUUGCCAUGGAAUAUCUCCCUUGCUCCUCCUUCGGAGCAUUCAAAAUCCCCUGCCUCUUCACUCUAGCAACCAUCCUUGUACUCACCUUCUUCAUCACCCGAAAACAGAGGUCCUCCAAACCCGCCGCUCCAAACUCGCCGCCGGGCCCAUGGAAGCUCCCCGUAAUCGGAAACCUCCACCAGCUCGCCGGCCACCAGCCCCACCGCCGGCUCAGGGAUCUCGCCCACAAAUACGGCCCCGACGUGAUGCACCUCCAGCUCGGGGAGCUCCCUUACAUCGUAAUCUCAACCCCUGAAUCCGCCAAACUAGUGAUGAAAACCCACGACCUUGCUUUCGCCUCCCGGCCUUACCUCCUCGCCCCGGACAUCGUCUACUACGGCUGCAAGGACAUAGCUUUCGCCCCCUACGGCGAGUACUGGCGCCAGAUGCGCAAGAUCUGCACCCUCGAGCUCUUCAGCGCCAAACGAGUUCAAUCCUUCCGCCAAAUCAGGGAAGAAGAGGUGUCCAAUCUCGUCGCUGCUCUGUCUCGUUCGGCGGAGGCAGGGGAGCCGGUGGAUUUGGGGCCGUUGCUGCACACGCUGACGAGCACCGUCACUUCCAGGGCAGCGUUCGGCAAAGUGCAGGAGCUGAACGAUGCGUUUCGGACCGUUGUGGAUAAUGUCUCGGAUGUUAUGUCGGGUUUCAAAAUCUCUGAUCUGUAUCCUUCCUUCAAAUUGCUCCCUGUUCUCACUGGAUACAGAGCAAAACUGGAGAAGAUGCGUGAAGCGGCGGAUUCGGUGCUGGAUCGGAUCAUCGAUGAGCAUAGAUCGAGGAGAAUGGAGGGAAUUAAGAGCAGUGGUGAUGAAAAAGAGGAUCUCGUCGACGUGCUUCUGAAUCUUCAAGAAAACCAGGAUGAUCUUGGAGUUCCCAUCACGACGGAGGUCUUAAAAGCAGUAACUCUGGAAAUGUUUCUUGCUGGGAUCGAGACAGCAACUACCGUGGUGGAGUGGACUAUGUCGGAAAUGAUGAACAAUCCGAGAGUGCUGGAGAAAGCGCAAAGAGAAGCGAGGCGGGUAUUUGGUGACGAAUGCGGGAACAACUUUAACGAGGAGAGCCUUCAUCGGUUGAAGUAUCUGGAUAUGGUCAUCUCCGAGAGUUUGAGACUGCACGCGCCGGUUCCUUUGCUCGCUCCGAGACAGAACAGAGACCGGAAAGUGGAACUCGAUUCGUACGAGGUCCCGGUCGAUACCAACGUCAUCGUGAACGUCUGGGCAAUCGGUCGGGAUCCUCGGUACUGGAAGGAGCCGGAUAGGUUCUACCCGGAAAGAUUUAUGGACUGCUCAACCGAUUACAAGGGGAACGACUUUCAGUUCGUUCCGUUCGGUGCGGGAAGAAGGAUGUGCCCUGGAGUUUCGUUCGGAAUGGCGAUCGUGAAACUUGCUCUAGCGAGUUUGCUUUUCCAUUUUGACUGGACACUUCCUACCGAAGAGAAAACCACUAAUAUGACCGAGUGCUUUGGAAUGACGCUCAGGAGACAAUAUCCUCUCCGUUUGAUUCCUGUUCCAUACCAUCACGUGAUUUGAGGGUAAAACAAACUUGGAGGAGGGGAGAGAUGCUUAAUAUGUAUUUGUGUUAUCUUUUGCUUCCAUAUGCAUCAUUUCUUGAUCAUACUUGUGGUUCAGCCUUAUUUAUGUAUCCUCUGUCCUUUUCCUUUGCCAAAUCAAGUUUUAUAUUAGGG